AUGGAUAACGCUCAAUUGCAUUCCGUAGACAGUGCUUCAAGCCCUGCCGCUCCUUUUGAUCACGCUCGGUCGCAGCAGAUUGAUCUUCACGACGUGGAUAGUUUAUUCUCAGAGAAUGGAGACCCCAGAAGACUUGUAACUUGGGCACCAGAGCCCCCGUUCAAGCUGGGAUAUGUCGCUGUUAUGGGCCUCAUAAUCAACAGGAUGAUUGGUACUGGAAUUUUCCAAACACCGAGCCGGGUCAUCGCGAACACCCAGAGCACUGGCAGCACCCUGCUCCUGUGGCUCGCCGGCAUUGUUUAUGCUCUGUCUGGAAUGCACGUCUACAUUGAAUAUGGUCUCAAUGUGCCUCGGAAACGGAUUGAGGAGAGGGGCAACAAUGAAUUCGCCGUGCCGAGAUCAGGUGGCGAUCUGAAUUAUUUCAAAUAUACUUAUCGGAAGCCAGCACACGGCCCUGACACACUUCCAUUCGUUGCUUCGAUGUUUAGUAUUUCAUUCAUCAUCCUCGGUAACAUGGCAGGAAAUGCGGUCGUCUUUGCCAUCCGUAUAUUUGAAGCGUCUGGCAUCGAGAACCCGAACAACGGCUCGAUCCGCGCCGUCGCCAUCUUUGUGUCUCUUGCGGCCUGCUUCAUCCACGGCUUCUCGCGAAAAGGUGGUAUCAUGCUCAGCACUCUGUUUGCCAUGGUCAAGCUCUGUAUGAUGCUCUUCAUCAUUGUAACAGCAAUCUGCUACUGCGCUCGCGCAUUUCCUGAUUCCCACGGAAGUCAGACCUUGUCAGAAAACCUCUCACCUUCGCACGUCUUUAGUGGCUCGUCGUCUGGCGCGAAUGGUUAUGCCCAAGCGUUCCUCUCCAUCAUUUUCGCUUUCGGAGGUUUUGAGCAACCGAAUUAUGUCCUAGGAGAGAUCAGGAAUCCGCAUCGGACUUUUCCAAUCGCCAUGGUUCUAGCUUUGAGCAUUGUCUGCAUCCUUUAUAUCGCAGUCAACGUGAGCUACAUGGCGGUUGUUCCAAAGGAAAUGCAGAUCCACGACGGCAUUGUGGUGGAAUCAUUCUUUGACCUCACGUAUGGCGCCAUCUCCCCUAACGCGGACUCCGAAACGGGGAGACGGGUUUUCAGCACUUUCCUAGCCAUUUCCAGCCUGGGGAAUAUCAUCGUCAUGACAUACACUGCAGCCCGUGUUAAACAGGAGAUUGGGAAGGAGGGGCUGCUCCCAUGGCCGAAAUUCUGGGCUCUCGAUGUGGACUUCUCGUUUGGCCGAAUGCUCAGAUGGGCACGUAGGACCCCCGCCAUCAGUCGUCCCUUUGCAGGUCUACUACAACUGCGUUGCCUCGCUCCCGAGCACCACACGGAGCCAACCCCGGUGGGCGCGUUUGUGCUGCAUUUCUUGACCUGCACAAUCUUGAUAUUGGCCACCUACGGGGCAACACCCCAACACACGUAUUUGAUUUUGACUGGCACCACCGCGUACGUCCUCAACGCCUGUUUUGGCAGUCUUCUGGCAGUGGGACUGCUCUCCCUAAGAUUCCGAAAGCACCGAGACUGGCGGCGAAAGACGCCCAACAUCAAGCCGUGGCUCAGUGUCUGUACCUCCGUCAUUUAUCUCGUUGGGAAUCUGUUCCCGGUGGUCACAUCGUGGGUCAAGCCAGACGGCAGUUCGUCAUCAAGAGAUAAUCCUGAAGACAUGUUGACGCCUGUGAUUGACAGUAUCUCUCUACCAUGGUUCCUUGUCCCCACUGUCGGUUGUGCCGUUAUCGUGCUGUCCGCACUGUGGUGGGUUGGUGCCAUCUUCAUGGUCCGCAGGGAAGAACGUCGCACUCACACAACGUUCUCAAUCUUCAGAGACGUCCGCGUCGUAGAAGAUCCUCGUGGUAGUGACAAAUUUGUUUCGAAGCGCGAGGACGUUUUGCUGACCUGGCGAGGGCGAGAAAUGGAGGACAUUGGCGUUGGACGGCCCACGGCCAUCGAUUUCAGGCCGGGGCAUGCAUUUCCGCCUGUCCCAAGAGGGGUGGUGGGCGAGGUGAACGAUGGAAAUUUUGGUGGCGCUUCCAAUCAGUUUGCACCAAUCAACCCCGGCUUGGUCGGGGUCUUCCCAGGGGACUUUCGUGGGGUGAACAGUUGGCAAUCCCCAGGGGUCACCUCGGCUCCCAAUUCUGGACUUCGCCCUGGGGGAGAUGCAGGCUGGUUAAUUGGUGGCGUGGGAGUGCUAUCCCAACAGCCGUCAAGCACAAUUUAUGGUCGUCAGAUGGGUGAUCGAGGAGUAUUCUAG